AUGCUGGCGCAUGGCUUGAAUGGAGCUCCAGCGCCCCACAGGCCUCUGCUUGAAGUGAUGGUACGCGGGAACAGCGGCAGUGCAGGUCCCAUACAACUGCCAGCACAGGUCACCAGCCAAGACCUGGCCCAAGUCUGGGAUCGGUACGACAAGCGCAAGAGCGGAGAGCUGAGCUCCGCCAAGGCCCACAAGUUCAUGAAGGACCUGGCCCACGUGGCCGGCCUCAAGUACGACAAGGCCGAGGCCGACCGUCUCAUCCGCUCCGUUGUCGACCACCCCGACACUACUGCCGCCGGCGCUUCCACUCAGCCGCAGCCCAGCGGCAGCAGCAGCGGCAGCGUGCCCCGGAGCCCGCGCAAGCAGCAGGAGGCGGCGGAGGGCGACGUGCGGGUCGACUUUGAGCGCUUCCGGCGACUGUUCCUCGUCGUGCUCGAGAAGGAGCGCGAGCAGCAACAGCUGCUGCAGCAGCAGAACGAGAAGCAGCAGCAGCACGUGAAGCCUGCGUCGGCAGCGCUGCUGGGCAGCCGCAAGCUGAGGAGCCACCACCAGGCCAGCAAGACCCACAAGGCCGGCACCGGCGGUGGUGGUGUGCACCGCCAGCUUUCGUCGUCUCUCAAAGAGGUCCAGCGGCGAAUGCGCCAGGAGGCCGCCGAGGCCUCAACCGAUUCAACGACCAGGUGGCAAGUCAUCGGCGAUGACUACGAUGACAACGACAAUAACGAAGGAGAACAUAGGAAGAAGGCGGCGACGGUCGGAGCGACGAUGAGCGCGACGAUCGCCGAAGCCGUCAUGGCGACGCGCGAUCGCACGCGGCGGGAGACCAUGCUCGGCACGCAGCGGCGGCCGACAGUGAGCCCCACCAGCGACCAGGCGCCGCCGUCCUCGGCCGCGGCGACGUCGACGGGCGAAGCCCACGACCCUGCUGCCUCGGGCCACGUCUUGACGGCGGCCGACGAGGCGGGCGCGCGAGGUCUCGGCCCGAAUGUCGAACUGCGGGACGAUCGAGACUCGGGCGCGGCGAGGGUCGGCCAAGACCGGAACGGAUCCGGCGGUUCGCCGAAGGAAGAGGCAGCGGAGGAAGAAAUCGCCAACUCGAUAAAGAACGAACGCGAGGAAGCGAUGAGCGAAAGCGACGAACUGAAGAAAAACGAAAGCGAAAAGCGAAAAUGCGGAAGUGGAGGCGAGAGCGACGAUACUAGAACGUCGCAGCCCAACAAGAAAGAAGAAGAAGAAGAGCCAACAACAACAGCUCUGCCGGAGUUGCGUUCGCCCCGACGAGCCGACAGCGCCUCGGCACUCAGACAGCGCUCGCCAUCCGCUGGCGGAAUCACCGAACCACACAAAUCCGUGCCCGUAGAGGAAUCCGAGCCGACAUCGGAGGUGGGCAAGGACAACCUGUUGGUCUCGCUGGCGCUGGUGCUGAUCCACCUGGCCUCGCCCCUGCGCCACCGCCACCUGCUCGCCUGGGCGCUCACCCUCAUCGCGCUCGUCGCCUGGCUCCUCCUCGCCCGCGCCAUCCGCCUGCUCUACCUCCGCGCCGCCCUCGACUGCAAGCAGCAGCUCUGCACCGACGGCCAAGGCCCAGUGACGUCACCGCCACCUUACACGGGCCUGGACCGGGCGCUGCUGGGGCUCGACCGGGCGGUGGUGCGGCGGCUGCUGGGUCCGCGCGCGCGAGUGCUGGCCUACGGCGCGGCCUGCUUCGGGCUGGCCAGCUUCAGCGCUGCCCACGACCCGUCGCUGGCGGCCCUGUUCGGCCUCGCGCUGCCGUCGGUCAUCCUCGGCUCUCUGCGGUGGAAGCACGACGUGCCGACGGCCGACCCCCUCAACCUCCUCUCCUUCGCCGACGGCGCCACCGUGUUCGGAAUCAUCACCGGUUCACUGAUAGCAGUGUCCGGGGUGGUGGGGUACAUGGUGAUCUGCACGUCGCUGGCGAUCUCGAUCACCCUGGCCACGUGGCACACGCGACGCUGGCUGCACGGCCUCAAGCCCAGCGGCGUCAGCUUUGUCCGCGAUUUUCUGAUGGCGGUGGUGAUCUACCCGCUGGUGGGGGCCACGGUGUUCGUGGCCUGCAUGGCGCUCUCCUUCUUCAUGUUCAUCGGCGACUGGCACGUCACGCUGCGCACGGUGUUCCAGUUCAUCCUGCUCACGGGCCUCGUAUUGGCAAUCAUGAUCGGCAGGUGGCCGCAUGCACUCCUCCAGGGCGGCUCGUCGUUGGGCGCGGGGUUGUCGCGUCCGCUGGUCUCGGCGGUCAGCGUGCUGUGCCUCCUAUGCACCGCCAUGACCACUCUCACCCUCCUCCGCUCUUCUCCGUCAAACUGA